AGAAAAGAGAGAGAGUGCUUCCGCUGGCUACGACGCGUGCGAUUGGUCGAGGCCAACACCGACGGCGAUGAUUGGUUACACAGCUUGUUGUUAAACUCGUUUGCACCGGAUGUGAAACUGAAGUAGCUUUGCGGCGGAAGCAAUCUUCUAGAUCCGCUCAUUGAUAUCUGUGGUCGACCUCUACUGUGACAAUGUCGGACAGUGAUGGCCCGGCAGAAGAACCCGCUGGACUGGAUGGUCUGCCACCGAUGUACAGCAUUGCCAAGGGCGAGGUGACCUCUGUGCAGACCUAUGGAGCCUUCGUCAGACUGCCUGGAUAUAAGAAGGAAGGCCUGGUGCAUGUGAGCGAGAUGUCUGCUACACGGGUUGAGAAAGCCUCAGAGAUUGUCGACGUAGGGGAACAGGUGUGGAUCAAAGUCAUUGGGAGAGAGACUCGGGGGGACAAGGUGAAGUUGUCCUUCUCAAUGAAAGCUGUCAAUCAGGGAACGGGGCGGGACAUGGACCCAAAUAAUGUCAUGGCAGAGCAGGAUGCGAGGCGACGUAAGCAGUUCAGAGAUCACACGGGCAACAGGAUCACACUGGAGGCUGUACUCAACACAACAUGUUCAAAGUGCGGCUGCAAAGGUCACUUUACAAAGGACUGUUUCUCCGCUCCGGGCUUGCAAUACGCCCUUUUGCCUGAAGAGGACGAUGUGGAGUCGCAGCAACAAUCGCAGCCACAGCAGCAGACCUCCACAGUUGCGCCACAGAGAGACUCGGACAAAAAGAAGAAGAAAAAGAAGGAGAAGAAAAUGAAGAAGAAGAGGAAGAGGGAGAGGAAGGAGUCGGACAGCGACAGCGACAGCAGCAGAAAUAGCGAGUGCAAAUCCAAGAGAAGGCGCUCCGCCGACAGAGAGGACAAAAAGAAGAAGAAGCACAAGAAGCACAAAUCGCACAAACACAGCUGAGAGAGCGGCAUGAUCUACCGUCACACACACUGCAGCUAUCAUGCGGAUGCGAAAGGGGAAGAGGGUAGCGACAGAUGGAGUGACAGACUUUCCAGCUGUGUAUCUUUUUAAUAACAAACAAAUAGAAACUGUCGUCCAUUUAAGUUAAGGAACGUUUUAUUUGUCUUUGGAAGCACAUCAAGCCCUGUCAAGUAAACAAAAUAACAAAAUGAGUCAAGAGAGAACGAAAAUCAGGUGAUAAGCCCUCUUUGUCCUAAAGUAACCCCUGCCAACCCCCCACAGAGGGAGAGCUUUGCACAUCAAGUGUAAUCAGAUAUGUGUAAGCAAUAGGGAAGCAAGUUUCUAUCCCGGUCCAGAUAUUGUUUCCAGCUAUCCUUUUUCUUCUCUGGGAAAUCCAUUAAGCAAACAUAAAGACAGAAAAGCUGA